AUGAAGACUGCCAUCCUUGCCUCCCUCAUUGCCAGUGCUGCCGCCUUUGCCCCUGCUCAACAACAAGCGUCUCGCUCCACUGCCCUUAACGCGGACUUGACCAAACAAAUUGGUGCCCAAUUUCCUCUUGGAUUUCACGAUCCCUUGGGCUUUUGCGGUACCGAUCCUUCCAAUGUCAGUGCGGCAGAACUCGAAGAGUUCGAGCGCAAGAGAUGGGUCGAACUCAAACACGGACGUGUUGCCAUGCUUGCCGUGGUUGGAUACCUUGUCACCUACGCUGGUGUCCGAUUCCCUGGUGCCGAAGACAUCCCCGCUGGAUUCGCCGCGUUGGAUGCUCUUCCAGGCAUGGUCUGGGCCCAAGCCUUUGCUACUUGGGCUGUAAUGGAAGCCGCCAACCAAGAUCAAUUCAAGGCCCCAUGGGGAAUGAUUGAUGGAGGAGAAUCCAAGGCCGAAUUCAAGGGUGACUUCCGCAACCAAUUCAUUGAUUUCGGAUGGGACAGCCAAUCCGAUGAUUGGAAGAGAAGAAAGCGCAGCAUCGAGUUGAACCAAGGCCGUGCUGCCAUGAUGGGAAUCCUUGGUCUUAUGGUCCAUGAUAAGCUUGGAAACGUUGCUGACAUCCUUCCUCUAGCUUAA